AUGCUUAAAUUUUUGUCUGAAGGAGCACCAUCAGAAAUAAAUCCUGAUAACAAUUCUAGAAACCUAGAACUAUUCUCUGUCCAUGAUAUUGCCAAUAAUUCUAUCUACGAUAUUGUCAACACUCCUGCCUAUGAUAUUAUCACCUCGUCUGCCCAAAGUAUUGUCAACACUCCCGCCUAUGAUAUUAUCAACUCGCCUACCCAAAAUAAUGUCAACACUCCUACCCAUGAUAUUUUCAACUCGCCCGCUCAAAGUAUUGUUAACACUCCUGCCCAUGAUUUUAUCAACUCACCUGCUCAAAGUAUUGUUAACACUCCUGCCCAUGAUUUUAUCAACUCACCUGCUCAAAGUAUUGUCAACACUCCUGCCCAUGAUUUUAUCAACUCACCUGCUCAAAGUAUUGUCAACACUCCUGCCCAUGAUUUUAUCAACUCACCUGCUCAAAGUAUUGUCAACACUCCUGCCCAUGAUUUUAUCAACUCACCUGCUCAAAGUAUUGUCAACACUCAUGAUAAUUUAAAU